CCAGAAUUUUUGCUUUCUUCGGCUUUGUCAGCAAACCACGCACUUACACUCAACACAAUGUCGCAUAACAACGAGCAUACCACUGAGCACAAUCACCAGGAAAACGACGAGAUCGUCGACGAAGAAUAUAUUCGAAACGACGAUAUUCUGGAAGAAACAGUAGAAUUGGACCAAGGAGAGCCAAUGGACGACGAUUCUGACGAUGAUCAAGGUCAACCAAGCACUGGUCUUGAAGGGUUCGAAUUCCGUCCUUCUGGCAAUGACCCGAACAUGAUGGAGUUGGCUGACGAUUCGGUACAAGGAUUCUUUGACCACCACGAGCCUGUAUAUGCUAUUGCGUUGCAUCCCAAAGACGAAUCGAUUGUUGUUAGCGGUGGUGGUGAUGACAAGAGCUACUUGUGGCGAAACGAUACUGGCGAAAAGCUCUUCCAAUUCGAUGGUCAUACGGACUCAGUUACUGCUGUUGGAUUUAGUGUGGAUGGUGACUACGUUGCUUCGGCCGGUAUGGAUGGAAAGGUUCGUGUGUGGAAGGCACAUACUGGCGAGUUUUGUACAGCUGUCGAGGGCCCUGAUGAAGUUGUGUGGAUCGAUUGGCAUCCCAAGGGUAAUAUUUUGUUAGCAGGUGCUUCAGAUUCUACUAUCUGGAUGUGGGCAAUGCCUAGCGGUAAAUUCAUGAACAUCUUCAACGGUCAUGCUGGUGCAGUGACGGCCGGCCAUUUCACAGCCGAUGGCAAGAAGAUCGUUUCUGUGGCAGAAGAUUGCACGAUGAUUGUUUGGGAUCCUAAGUCCGCUGCUGCUAUGUACCGACUUUCUGGUGACGAUGCACGCUUCCACACCGAGCCUGUUACCAGUGUGGCUACUAACAAGGAUAGCACACUUGCUAUUACUGGCUCAAUGGAUGGCAAAGCACGUCUUAUCAAUAUAACCAACGGUCAGAUCGUUGCAUCUCUUGAAAAUCACUCUGAAUCUAUAGAAACCACCGAUUUUUGUGAUGUACUUGGCUUAGCAGCUACUGGAUCUACAGAUGGCGCCAUCUCAAUUUGGGAUGUGCAGACUCAACGAUUACGUCAAACCUUAUCACAUGAAGAUGCGGUAGUCAAAGUUCAAUUUGUAAAGAACUCUCCUAUGCUGGUGUCAUGCUCAGCAGAUCGAUCGGUGAAGAUGUGGGAUUCUCGGACUGGACAAGUAGUCAAAUCGUGGGUUGGACAUAAUGAUACUGUACUUGACUUCACAGUCUCUGCAGACGGCAACACUGUAGUAACAGGUUCCGAUGAUGGCACGUGUCUGGUUUUCAAGGCAUAAAUUGAUCUGCAUACAUAUAUCACCAAUUCCUCAAAAACAUUAGCAUAUCUCUCUCACACGAAAUCAUUCUUGGAAAGAGAAAAAAGUCGCAUUAUAGGAAUAUGCUGCGAUUGUAAUUGUAAUGCUGCUCUUGCAUCCGUAAAAUUAAAAACUACUACUAUUUGCAUCUUAAUUACUUGCUUCAACUUGUUAUCUUUAAAAAAGAAGUUUCAUUUUACAUAUAUAAAG